ACUUCCGCAGUGCCGCGAGUUUAGGGAGGCCCCCCUGUGAGUGCCUUCUUCCUCCCCCAUGUCUCCGCUAAUACCUGUUCACCUCUUGGCCGUGGUAGCCGGGAGGCUGGCGAUGACUUUUAACAUUUUAAGUUAAGAUGACAUUUAACAUUUCCUUUCCCGUUGAGGUGCCUUUUAUCCUUUUUCUUGUCUAACGGCUCCGAUUAGAACAACAAGCUCUGCUGAAUAGCUGCAGUGAAAGCAGACAUCCUUGUCUUGUUCUGGAGCACAGUGGAACACUUUCAGUCUUACACCACUGGACGUGAUGUUAGUUGUGCAGACUCACAAGCCUUACAUGGUGACCUUCGACCUCACGGACCCUGGGGCCAUAGCGGGGGCCGCUGCAGAGAUCCUGCAGUGCUUUGGCUAUGUGGAUGUGCUCAUCAACAACGCCGGGAUCAGCUACCGCGGCACCAUUGUGGACACCAGCCUGGACGUGGACAAGAGAGUCAUGGAGACAAACUACUUUGGUCCGGUUGCUCUGACGAAAGCGCUCCUGCCCUCUAUGAUCAGAAGGCGCCAGGGCCACGUUGUCGCCAUCAGCAGUAUCCAGGGCAAAAUCAGCGUUCCCUUCCGAUCCGCGUACGCGGCCUCCAAACACGCGACCCAGGCCUUCUUCGACUGUCUGCGGGCCGAGGUGGAGCAGCAUGACAUCGAGGUGACCGUCGUCAGCCCCGGAUACAUCCACACCAACCUCUCCCUCAACGCCAUCAUGGCCGACGGGUCCAAUGAUGGACAAGACCACGGCCCAGGGCCGAAGCCCCUCGCAGGUGGCCCGAGACGUGCUGGCUGCCGUGGGGAAGAAAAAGAAGGACGUGGUCCUGGCCGAUGUGGCGCCUUCCCUGGCUAUUUACCUGCGCACUCUGGCUCCCAGGCUCUUCUUCAGCCUCAUGGCUUCCCGGGCCAGGAAGGAGCAGAAACCCAAGCAUUGCUAGUGCCUGUCCGGGCAGGUGGCGCGGCAGCACCGCUGCUCCACGGGGACAGGGGUGUUUGCGUGGACUGUACUGGACUCUUGCCUCAUGGCGGGGGUGGGGAGGGAGUCAUGCCUCUCUCGCAGACCCCCAGCCUGUCCUGCUGGAGGAGGACAGGCUUCCUCCGGGGGGAGGGGUAAAAUGCAGCUGGAUCUAAACUCUAGGACGUGAAGUAAAGGGUUGAGCUGUGGAGCUGUGGUCCCUGAGGGCAGGCAGAACCGCGCCUCCUUUGAA